AUGCCUCUUCCUCGGCUUUCUUCCUCCCUUCUUCGGUCUAACUUCCUUAAGCCGACGCUCUUCGCACCUUUCGUCUGCAAACAUACCUUGCCGGAUCUUCGUUAUGACUAUAAUGCCCUUGAGCCAACUAUAUCUGCCUCGAUAAUGCAAUUGCACCACCAAAAGCAUCACUCGGCCUAUGUAAAUAAUCUAAACAUCGCGGAAGAGCAAAUGGCUGAAGCUAUGGCAAAAGGAGACCUAUCCAGGGCUAUUUCACUUCAAUUCGGGUCAUUUAAUGAAUUUAAGAACAAAUUUUCAGCAGUGACCAUUGCCAUACAGGGCUCUGGCUGGGGCUGGCUUGGGUACGAUAAAAUGCUAAGGCAGUUGCGCAUUGCAGCUUGUCCUAACCAGGACCCUCUUGAGGCAACUACAGGCUUGGUGCCGUUGCUUGGCAUUGAUGUGUGGGAGCACGCCUAUUAUCUACAGUACAAAAAUGCCAGGCCCGACUACGUCAAAGAAAUAUGGAAGAUCGUCAACUGGGAUGAUGUGUUGAAACGCUAUAUGGAUGCAUCUGGCUAG